CAAAAGAAGAAGAGAACUUGUCAUCAUGAAGAACACUCAACGUCAGUUAUCUUCAUCUUUCAUGAAACUCUGCGAGAGACUCUCCUCAGACAUCAACGGUGAAAACAAGAACAAAGACUUGGCGGCUGUUUUUGCAUACAUGGAUGCAAACCGAGACGGUAGAAUCUCAGCGGAGGAGCUUAAGAAGAGUUUCAAGACAUUAGGAGAGCAGCUCUCUGAUGAAGAAGCCGAAACCGCGGUUAAACUGUCUGAUAUAGACGGAGAUGGGAUGCUAGAUUUUGAGGAGUUUGCUCAGUUACUCAAAGGGGGUGAUGAGUUUACAGAGGAAGAGAAGAAGAGCAAGAUAAUGGAAGCGUUCAGAAUGUACAUUGCUGAGGGAGAAGAUUGCAUUACUCCAAGAAGCUUGAAGAUGAUGCUGAUGAAGCUUGGUGAGUCUAGAACUACUGAUGAUUGUGUAGUCAUGAUCAAAGCUUUUGAUCUUAAUGCUGAUGGAGUUUUGAGCUUUGAUGAGUUUGCUCUUAUGGUGAUGCGUUAAGGCAUCAUCAGCCCAUCCAAUGUUGUUUGUGGCUUUGUUUGUUUCUUUGAUUGAUUGCUGAAAGCAGUUGGCUGUAAAUAUAAGUAUGGCUUUCCAAGUAAUA